CAAUGGACAACCUCGAGAACACGUUAGAGGACAAAGGCUUAAAUUUUCAGUGCAAUCUAUCUGACAUAGAGGUCUUACAUAGCAUGACACAGCUCUUACUUCAUGCAUUGGCCACAGCUUCAGUGGACAGCACCACUGGUGAUAUGUUCAAGAGCCCAGCAUCUGUAGCUAUUGGCAUGAAGACUGAACUAUCAGGGUACAUGAUUCAGAGAUCUGAAACACUUGUUCGCGAAUCUAUGGAUGGAGGCAAGGAUCAUUCAGAUCAAUUAACAAAAGCAUCCUCCAGGCCGACGGAGUUCCUGUCAGACUUGAUCGAUAAUUUUGUGACCUCAAAAAAGGGCAUGCUGAGCCAUGUCUCUGGGCUUUUUUCUAGCGAAAGCCGCCUGAACAAGAUUAAAGACUUCAUGCAAAAGUUAGAGACGGAUAACUCGUGGGCCCAGGAUGAAAGGAAGGCAACUGCAUGGGCUAUUCUGGAGAACAUAGACAGUAAAGGCAAUUUCCAUUGCCCAGAGAGAUUUGACAUGCCAGAUAAGCUAGCGGAGCACACAAGUCAAUGCAAAUUUAGGAUACUGAACUGCACAAAUGAUGGAUGUGUAGCUUCUUUCUGCGCUAUUCAUAUGGAAAAGCAUGACACUGUCUGCCCAUUCAAGCUCCUACCAUGCGAGCAGCUGUGUGAACAACAUGUUAUGCGGUCUGAGAUGGACAAACAUUGUGGAACAGUUUGCCUUAUGAAGCUUACCAACUGCCCGUUUUUUAGAAUUGGCUGUGAAACAGCCUUUCCACAGUGUUCUCUUGAUAACCAUUGUUUGCGGUUUCUACAAACCCAUUUGAUGUAUGUCGUCAAGGGGAUUACAAGACAGGGUGAUUCUGUUAAUGAUAUGGAUCAACGGCUGCAACUCCUUGAGAAGGUGCAAUCACUGAACGAACUCGCUGGGGUUUUAGAUGUCAAGGCCCUCACUUUGAUUACAAAGGAACAAGAAUCAAAGAUAAAUAAACUCGAACGGGAUCUCAAAGCCCAGGAAACAAGGAUGAAGAAACUUGAGAACGAUCUUAGGUCACGGAAAUAAUGAUUGCUGUCAUGUGCUCAUCAUUGCAGCCUUACUGGAAACCAGGUGGCAUACAUUGUGGUAUAUGUAAAUAAUCGGUAGCAUUACCAUAAGGUUUACCAUCCUGUUGUCCGUUGUCCAUGUACAAAUAUAGGUUGUAGAAAAGUCAGCUUGUUUUCAGAUCAGUUGAUAAUUUGAUGUAAGUUAUGUUUUGUCACUUCUA